CAGGGGAAGGACAAAAGUGAUGGGACGUCAAGCUGUCUGACUAAACAGCAUCUUUGUGUGAGCUGGCGCUUUCUUCGGAUAUGUUCAUUUUGUAUCAAACUGUGGGAACUAUAAAAAUGGAUUAGCUGCAAGACUUUGGCCACGCACAUAACUGUGGAGUACUGCAAUGAUGUGCGCUACUGAAAACUAGGGAGCUUGAAAAGUUGGAAUUGUACAUUGAUUUUAGGACGUUUUUAAAUGCAGAGGAUGUGAGGGUUUGUGCUGAAACGUUGGAUUAUCUCAGGUAACAAAAAGAGACGUUCGUGUUAACCUGACAUCUGCUUGAACUCGUUCGACGUUGUAUUAUGAUGUCUGAGAGUAUGGCAUUUGUUUCAGGGAGACAGAUUGAGGCUAAGGAAUAUAAAUCCUUGAAGUGGUAUGAUCCUAAAUUGGUUUUACCGAGAUAAAUGAUACGGAUAUGUUGGACAGUGAUCUCAAAUUAAAACGAAAAGGCGUGGUGGUGUGCUAGCCUGCUUUGCGACGAGCCGAUUCGACCUGUCAUAAUCUCGGAGAGUCUGUGGUGCUGUGCAUUGAUUUCUUUUUUUUUUUCUUUUUGUGGUCGUCGUUUUGAUAUGAGGUUUGUCUUCAAUUAACCAGACCUAACCACUUCAAGUCCCCCAAGUCACGGCCAGAGAGAUUCAACAUCAGGUCGGAUGCGACGUCUAAUCUGAACUGUUUAAUCGGCGGCGGUACCCAUUUGAGAGGGCAAACAUGUGGAGCUCUGGGUCAGCAACCUUGGCGAUCGUCGCGAAAACCUUAAAACAUGCAGCAGGAAAGGGGCAGAUUCAGCUGAACCGUUGGUUACAGCGAACCCCAGACUCAAUGGACUGCGACAAAAUAGACAUUUUAAUAUGUAAUGCCUUUGAUGAGAGAGGCACCGUCGGGAAAUCAGAGUCAGACCUCGAAAGCAUCAACGACACUGGGGUGUCCUUCAUCGGGGACUUCAGGCAUCCGUGUUGCAUUACCACCUGUUGCUUUAAAAGCGCCCUCUUGGCAUGCAUAUUGACUGCUGUCUGCUUCUCAUCUUUGGCUCUUGUGCGCCAAUAUUUGAAGGACCUUCUGCUUUGGGUUGAAAGUUUGGACAGUUUUGUCGGCGCCAUGCUUUUCAUAGUCGGUUUAAUAACAGUGUCUUUUCCCUGCGGUUGGGGUUACAUUGUUUUAAACGUGGCAGCAGGUUACCUGUAUGGCUUUGUAUUGGGAAUGGGCCUAGUGAUGGUUGGAGUUUUAAUUGGGACUUUCAUCGCUCAUGUGGUUUGUAAGCGGUUACUGACAGACUGGGUUUUGAGCAAGAUUGGAAGCAGUGAACAACUUAGCGCUGUCAUACGAGUUGUGGAGGGUGGAAGUGGACUUAAAGUUGUGGCCUUAGCAAGACUCACACCGAUACCUUUUGGUCUCCAAAAUGCUGUGUUUUCGAUCACAGAUGUAUCUUUACCAAAUUAUCUAGUGGCUUCUUCAGUGGGGUUACUUCCCACGCAGCUACUCAACUCAUACCUAGGGACCACACUACGCACGAUGGAGGAUGUCAUUGCUGAACAGAGCAUCAGUGGAUACUUUGUAUUCAGUCUACAGAUUUUCAUCAGUAUAGGUCUGAUGUUUUACGUCGUGCAUCGCGCACAAGUGGAACUGAAUGCCGCUAUCGCCGCCUGUCAGAUGGAGUUGAAAACGUCGUACAUGAACGGCAGCACGACCAACCACAGCAGCUCCACGUACUGCAGCAAAAGAGCAUCUGCGGGAGGAGUGAUCGUCAACGUGGUCUGACGUCUCGCGUCAACAUCGCAGAGAUGGGUUUCAUCCCUUUUUUUCUGUCAGGUGGCAAAAAAAACCUGAUUGGAAUCGCGACGCGUAGACGUCGGGUCAGGACGGCUGACAUCUGGCGGCUUGCCGUGAGCUCUAGCCGCGUCGCGCGGUCCCGCUGCGUACUUGGCGAAGGUGUCUGUCGUCGCUUCGGCCAAGGACUUUAAAGACCUGCGUACAUGUUCGCCACAAAUGACCAUUAGUCAAGAAUUUUCCCCCCUGUGCGUGGGAACACUGGGCCAGUAUUAAAAAUAAUUGAACCAAGAUACAAUGUUUAAAGAGGUAGUUUUGCAGUACAUUUUGGUUUUGAACGUAUUUUUGAUGGUACUAAUUUAAAUUAGAUUUAAAAAGAGAAAUAAAUAAGAGUAAAGAGGCUUAAAGCUUGUGAGUUAUGUACAUGUAAAGAAUGCUACAGUGUUGUAGGGUAGGAAUUAAUAUGUCAGAUAGAUGCUUAUAUCUAUAAGCGAUUUAGCUGUUGAUAGAAGUCAGCAGUCUUGUUAAAGACAAUUGGAUCUCAUUCGUUCUCAUGCAUUUUGCCACAGCUUUGGUGUGGUUAAGUUACUUUUUCUUUCUUUCUAUCUCUUUUUUUUUUUAACUGGGAGCGUCAAGUUAAUUAAGGGCAUUAUCUGCAUUUUUGUUUAGUGUUUCAACAUUUUUGUUGUAAUGUUGAGGGUGAGAGUAACAGCUGUUAGCCUAUUCCAUCUGACCAGAAACCUUGACUAUGAAACACUUCAGCCCAGCAGGGAUCAUUUUUGCAGUUCUGCAGUUCUGAGGGGAACAGAUGGAAUGAGAGACAAACUUCUCAGCAGGAUAUUUCAGGGAUACUGCCAAAAACCCCUGACUAUACAAAAUGGUUAAUGUAAGGUACAGUCUAUUCUUUAGCUGUGGUUGAAACUGCUUUUACUUUAUCAAAAAAUAUAUACUCGUGCUGACAGCAGAGUUUCACUUUGUUUUAGAAAAUUUGCUUUAUGAAUACUGACACUAAUCAAACUGAACUGUCAUGAAUAAUUGUGCCCUGAAUUGACUGAUGAAAGAUUUAAGUUUUACAGUAAUCAAGUCCCCCUGUUUUUGGAAAAUAAUGUGAACUCAGUUUUCUACAUUUUUUUUUUCUACCGGCUCAUAGCUCCUGAAUUACUCUGCUCUGAGAUCAGUAUAUUGAAUUUUUUUCAUGAGUCUGUCCUCAGCACCUGUAUUCCAUUCCCACGUAUGCACAAUCUGGGAACACACCUCAAAUGAGAAAAUAGCCAUGAAUUAAUGACAGAAUAAAGAACCCUACCAACCCAAGUCAAAUAUUCCAUUGUUUGAACUGUCACGGAAUCGCGGCAUACUUAGCAUUUUCCCCUUUAGAGAUUAGGAUAAUUGCAUACUGAACUCUCUUGAGCUUUGCGUGUCGUAUUUGGGUUUCUACGUGUUUAAAUUAGCCCAGGGUUCUCUGUUAACAAGCUGAACAGCACAGACACUUCAUAGGUUAUACCCCAGGGGUCUCUUGGGUUGAUUGGACGUUGGAACGUCAGCUCCCUCGGUGCAGAAGUCUGAAUUUAACCGAGUCUUUGUGCCAGAGUGCCCCAGAGUGCCUAGAAGUUCUCUCUCUCUCUCUCUUUUUUUUUUUUUUUUUUCCUCCGUGUUCAUCCUGAUUAACAUGGAUUUAACAGUCAAGCUUGUCAAAAGUGUUGUGAUGCUUUUAUUUUCUGUUUCUUUAUUUUAUUUCAUUUUAUUUUGGUUUUAUAAAUGUAACACAUUUUUCUUAAAAUAUUGUGAAAUGUUAGUUUUAAAUUAUAGUCAUUAUUCUAAUAACAUUCUCAGUGGUUAUUUUUGGUUUUGCACAUUAGUUUUAAGUGUACUUUGUACGAAUACGUUUGAAUUUCCAUGCUGUAUGGGUUUUCACCUUGACAUUGAUAAUUCAUAAAGGUCAGCCAUUUGGAAAACUGACAAUCAUUGGCUCUCUGAAUACUAUAGAAGUUAAUAUUUUUGUGUAAAUGUUUUCAUGUUGUUAUAUGUAUUUGAUGUCCUUAUUUUACAGUUCUGCUGCUACUUAGACUUUAGAGUCUGAGUGAAAUGCUUACAAGGGCUCAAUGAUAAUAUUGCAACUUGACAUUACACACUUUUUGGUUACUCUUUUGGAUUUGUUGACGUUUACAUACCUGGGAAGGAGGAAAAAAAAAAAAAAACCACUUCUCAGGGCGGAGAAGUGUUCAUCCUUUUGGUUUGCGAAGCUGAGCAGAGACAUGAUGCACAAAUGGACACAUUCCUUGCUGAUGGUUCUGUCGUCCAAAAAAAAAAAGAGAGAAAAAUCUGAUGAAAUAUACCGAUAACGGAAACAGAACCCUUUUCUUUCUUUCUUUCUUUCUUUUUUUUUUAAUUCAGAGAGUAAGUGGGUCUUUUUGUGAAUUUAGCAAUAAUUGAAAGCCGAUGGAGCUGAAAUGUCAUCCGAAUUACACAUACAAAUCUAACAUUCCUGGGCCUGUGUUACGAUGUCAGCCUGCCUUGUACCUUUUUUUGCUGCCUAUGACAUGACUGGACACUUGUUGCCUACGGUAUGUUAGAACAUCACAUUCACAUGGACAGAAAACUCAGACAGAUGUUCAAGACAUAAGGCCUGUCAUGUCUGAUGCAAAAAAAAAAGUCAUUAAUGGACCUUAAUUUCUCAUGUUGUUGCUUCUUAAAUCUUAUGGAAGAUGAUAAGAAUAUGAGUAAGUAGGACCAUGUGUAGAAUCUGCAUAAGUGUUCUGGCUUUUAAUUUAUUGGCUCAAUUUAAUGAAAAGCAUAGUUAUGCAACAAUGGAACUCUAUGAAAUCCACUGGGGGUCUUUCAUAGCUCCUGACAAGUCUUGAUCUUAGAUUAUAGGCUAUGGGUACAGCACAUUUCAAUAUGGUACAAAUGUAAUUUUGGAUGAAGGCAAUUCAGGUACUAUUAAUGAUCCCCUCUACUCCCUUAUGUAUCAAGUGCAUUACACAUUUUGUAAUACAGAGAAUUUUACAGUGUGUAAAGAAAUAUUUAUCACUGUAUCAUGCUUGUUCAGUGUUAUUUAUGAAAUAAAAACAAAAUCUUAUAUGUAGCCGUUCUCUGGUGUGAUAGAAUGAAAGCAAAUCUAAUGGUCCUGUACUUUUGAUACAGUACCACAUGAUCAAAUGCAACUCUUUCAUGUUUCUAUAAAGAUCAU